AUGUAUUCAGCGGUGCGCACCCACGACUACGAUUAUCCCGAAUCGGAAAUGGACGAGCGUGAGAGUCUCUACUUUGAUACGAUCUCGCUGGCCGAUUCGGAGGCGGCAGCGGCGGCGGCGCAUCGCAAGUCGCUAUCGCAGUCACGAAACACAAUUUACCACUCGGCGGUGGAUCUGGCCGGAGAUGAGACGCGCAACAGUUUGCGACUGGGCGGCAGCAGCAGCAGCAGCAGCGCUGCCGCGGAGCACAGGCUGCCCUGGCAGCCGGGCUAUCGACAGUCAACGGCGCUGGAGCAUCUAAAUGGUGCCGGUUAUGGUGUUGGUGGCGGUGAUCAAGCGGAUGCUGCCAUUGCGGCUCAGGUGCUAGCAUUACAAAAUGGACGCACACAUCUGCCCACCGGCAUUGGCGUUGGCGGCAGCGGAGGCGGCGCUGGCGUUGGCUAUAGUUAUAGCCGAUCUGGUGCUGGUGGCGGCGGCAGCGGCGAUGAUGAGGUCUCUAGACGUCUUUUAAGACAAAGUAGCACAGUUUCUAAUAAAGAUAAGAAAUUGCCAAUUACAUACUCCCAGUGGAAAUUGAGGACGUAUCGACGCUUCAACGAUGGCAGACGCAGCGUGGACUUUGUGCUGGCCUACAAGGGCGAGGAUGUGGACGAGGUGGCAGCCAGCAAACGCAGAAUCUUCGAGGCGAACCUGAUGAGCGAAGGCAUACAGCUGGAGUACUAUAAGGAGCAAUGGGUGCACUUUGUUAAGUUGCAUGCGCCCGCUGAGGUGCUCUAUCGGUAUGCCGAGAUUUUGAAGAUCAAGAUGCCAUUGAAGAUCAUACCUGGUCAGGAGCAAAUAAUCGCCGAUGCCACGCCCGAUUUUAAGACAGUCAGUCGCAUUUGCCGCAGCCUAUUCAGUUCCGUGCAGCUGAACACCGAACUGUUUCCGGAACGUACGCCGCGCAUUCAUUUAGAAUUCGCCCGCAAAUAUCUGGAGCUGUACGAUGAGGAGCAUCCAAACUUUUUUGAUGAGAGCACACGCUAUUCCAUUAUCAAUUUCAUAAUGCAGCGCCAGCAAUUCGAAGGGGGCGAAGAGAAGGCUGAUAAUCUGGGCAUCGAGAAGCUCAUCGAGGAUGGGGUCUAUCUGUGCGCAUAUACCCUGCACGAUAAGGACACACGCGGCAAACUGCUAAAGGAGUGGGCGAACAUUGGCAAAUGGAAGAACCUGCAGCCGUUGGAUCACAUCAAGGACUAUUUUGGGCCGAAGGUGGCGCUAUAUUUUGCCUGGCUGGGAUUCUAUACGCAAAUGUUGAUACCGGUCAGCAUACUGGGCAUACUCUUCUUUGUGUACGGCUUUUUGACGUGGAACAGCGAUCCGAUUAGCUUUGACAUUUGCAAUGACAACGAAACGAUCAUGUGUCCCCAGUGCGAUCGUGGCUGUAAAUUUUGGAGUCUCAAUGAGACGUGCACCUCGUCCAGGUUUAACUAUUUGAUAGACAACCAAAUGACGAUGGUGUUUGCCUUUGUGAUGGCCAUUUGGGCUGUUAUCUAUUUGGAGCUGUGGAAGCGAUAUUCGGCGGGACUGGUUCAUCGUUGGGGUCUGACCGGUUUCAAUCAUCAUGUGGAGCAUCCACGGCCACAAUAUCUCGCCAAAAUAUCUAAUUCGAAACGGUUUAGCGAUAAGCUGAACGAACCAAAGACCACCUUCGAUCCUGAUGUGCCCUUCUGGAGCACUAAGUUUCUGCCCAACUUUACCAGCUAUAGCAUCAUGGUGUUGUUUAUCUGCAUAUCAUUAAUCGCCGUGGCGGCGAUCAUCAUCUAUCGCAUGGCGCAACGAGCAUCCCAUACUAUUCUUGCGAAUGAGAACACGAUGACAUAUAGAAUAAUGGUGUUGCCCAUAACGGCGGGCUUCCUGGACUUAAUUGUUAUCUCCAUAUUGGACAUGGUCUAUAGCAAGCUGGCGGUUCGGCUGACCAAUUACGAAUACUGUCGCACCCAAACGGAGUACGAUGAGAGCCUCACCAUCAAGAACUAUGUGUUCCAAUUUGUCAACUAUUACUCAUCGCUAUUCUAUAUAGCAUUCCUAAAGGGAAAAUUCGUUGGUUAUCCCUCCAAGUACAAUCGGAUAUUUAGUUUUCGCCAGGAGGAGUGCAAUCCGGGUGGCUGCCUCAUGGAGCUAUGCGUCCAGCUGGUCAUUAUCAUGGUGGGCAAACAGGCAGUGAAUGCCAUCGUCGAGAUCCUGAUACCCUUUCUAAUGCGCACCGCCAAGGAGUUUAGCCAGCGUUAUGACUGGUAUAGGCGGCACAGCGAACAGAAGCUGGUGCCCUCUACCAAUCAGUUCACCGAAGACUUUAAUCUGCUGCCCACCGAAAAUAGUUCCCUUUACGAGGAAUAUCUGGAAAUGGUGGUGCAAUACGGUUUCAUAACCUUGUUUAGCUUGGCAUUUCCACUGGCUCCUCUUUUGGCGCUGAUUAAUAACGUGAUAGAGGUCCGUCUCGAUGCCAUCAAGAUGCUACGCUUCAUGCGACGUCCCGUAGGCAUGCGUGCCCGAAAUAUUGGUGUCUGGCAGAGCAUUAUGACUGUCGUUACGCACAUUGCGGUCGCUUCUAGCGCCAUGAUAAUUGCAUUUAGCAGCAACUUUAUACCGAAACUAGUCUACAAAGCCACCCAUGAUGAUCCAGAGCUGAAUAAUUAUCUAAACUUUACACUGGCUACCUUUUAUACCAAGGACUAUGGGACGCAAUCGCUUUUGGAUGUUAGCGUCCAAGCGAAUGUAACGGAGUGCCGUUACAUAGAGUUCCGCAACGAUCCCUGGGAGAACCCACCCUAUAAACGACCCAUGAUUUAUUGGAAGAUCUUGACCGCCCGUCUAGCUUUCAUUGUCAUCUAUCAAAAUAUAAUAACUAUGCUGCAGGGCAUACUGCGCUGGGCUGUGCCCGACGUCUCUGGCCGUCUGCUUAAGCGCAUCAAACGCGAAAACUUUCUGCUCCGGGAGCAUAUCAUUGAGUAUGAGAAAAGACAGGCACAGGAAGUGACCCAGUCACAGACACAGCCAAGGGUCGAUGGUGCAGCAGUUACAAAAACAGAGCCGGAGUUCUUUUUGCGCCAGCGUCAAAAUGGAAGUGAUGCAGCUGCUGGCGACAAUGCCACAACCUAUGUCUAAGACUAUAAUACCUGAAACACGCACACGUAGCCUCCCAAAUCCCAAAUCCGAACACUCCCAUGUCCAUGUUCUUUGCCAGUGGUAAUCGAAAGUGCAUUUUAGUUAUAAGCCUAAAAUGUGAAUUUGUUAGGGCGUGAAUUAUGUAUAUUUAAAAAAUAUAUAGCUUAUGUACUUUUGUAUAUAUAACGUAAUAUACAUUUAGUUUAAGGGCAUAUUUUGUUCGCCUUGAUUGUUCAUAUUGUGUGUUGUCAUUGUACUGUACUUAACAAUUGAAAUGUUUUAAAUAUUGUUUUUGCAAAUUGCAUAUGAAAUGCUCAAGAGGCGAAAUGCAUUCUUUUGCAUCUGCAUAAAUCCUGUUACAAGUUGCGACAUUUUUACAAAAUAUCCAAUUAUUAAUUGCCAAAUUGUACAGUGUUCGUAGAAACUGCGACUGAUGCAGCCAGGCACUCGAAAUUAGAUACAUCAAAAUGUGUUAAAGUGCAUUAACGCAAUAUAUAGAAUCAAACCAGAUCAUAUACAAGCGCACCUGCACAUUCAUACGUUAGAUGCCUAGCUCCAUUAAGUAUUUGCGCCGAAUUGUUGAGAAUAAUAUAUUAUAAAAUAAGAAAGCAAGUGUUUAACUGCUUUCUAUUCACGUCCAAAGUGCACUACAACUGCAAUUAUCUAAUCAAACGCGUUAUUUUCAAUCUUAAGAUAUCGUUUGUACCUACAGAAAAACCAAACUUAUCAGAUUGCGUGUGCCUAGCAUAUAUAAAACUACAACAACAGCAACAACUAAAUAAACAUAUAACUAUGACCACACUAAAAAACAAUCCAAUGUACCUUAUACAAUAUAUAUAUAUAUACACAAAACAUGUACAUGCCUAUACUAUAUGUUGAUUAUGCUCGUUACAAUCGGUUUGUGUCUUGUAUCUGUAUCUGUAUCUGUAUCUGUAUCUGUAUCUGUUGUUACCUUUGCCCCGCACCACCAGCACACACUGCAUAAAUGUUUUAUACGACAAGAAAUGCAAUUGAAAUAACGAUACGAAAUAGUAUAUAUUUUAUUAUUUUGAUAAACAUAUUUAUAUACAGAACACGAGAUGUGCUGCGAUGUACAGAAUGUUCUAAUGUACAUUUACACAUAGCAUUGUUAAAAAUUUACAAAACUAAAAUGGAAAGAGAUUAAAAACAUGAAUUAAGAAUUGUAAAAAA